AUGACCUUAGGGACAACUGGAGAGACCAGUAUCUUACCCCACUGCCUUGUAUUUAAAGCCAAGUCAAUAGAUAUUUACAAGCACCAGCUGCAGAAACGAAGUCGGUUAAGCACUCCGAAUGCAAAAGAAAUGAAAGCAGACCUUUUACCACAGAAGAGUUCAAAGCUUUCUCUUACUCCUGCCCCUCCCAAAGCCAAAGCUAAAGCGAAGGCUUUGAAAGCCAAGAAGGCAGUGCUGAAAGGCGUCCACAGCCACAAAAAGAAGAAGAUCCGCAUAUUGCCCACCUUUCCGCGUCCCAAGACCCUGCGGCUACAAAGGCAGCCUAAAUACCCCCGGAAGAGCGCGCCCAGGAGGAACAAGCUUGACCACUAUGCCAUCAUCAAAUUCCCCCUGACCACCAAGUCAGCCAUGAAGAAGAUAGAAGACAACAACACACUUGUGUUCAUUUUGGACGUCAAGGCCAAUAAGCACCAGAUCAAACAGGCUGUGAAGAAACUCUAUGACAUCGAUGUGGCCACAGUCAACACCCUCAUAAGGCCCGACGGAGAGAAGAAGGCAUAUGUUCGGUUGGCUCCUGAUUAUGAUGCUCUGGAUGUUGCCAACAAGAUUGGAAUCAUCUAA